UGUGUGAAGUAUUUCUCGAUCUUCAUAUAAAAAUUACUUCUCAACAACCGAAAAUAUGAACAUAUUUCGACUCUUAGGUGACUUAUCGCAUCUUCUUGCGAUUAUUAUCCUUCUUCUCAAAAUAUGGAAUACACGAAGCUGUGCCGGUAUUAGUGGCAAAUCGCAAAUUUUAUUUGCAAUUGUGUAUACAACACGUUACUUAGACUUGAUAACAACAUAUAUUUCAGCAUACAAUACAUUUAUGAAAAUAAUUUUUAUUGCAACAUCUUAUGCUACAGUCUUUUUAAUGUAUGUGAAAUUCAAAGCAACAUAUGAUCAUAAUCACGAUACAUUUAGAAUUGAAUUUUUAAUUUUGCCUGCCUUCACGUUGGCGUUAUUAAUCAAUCAUGAAUUCACACUUGUGGAAGUUUUAUGGACAUGGAGCAUUUAUUUGGAAUCUGUAGCAAUAUUACCACAAUUAUUUUUGGUAUCAAAAACAGGAGAAGCAGAGAGUAUUACAAGUCAUUAUCUUUUCGCUUUGGGAUCUUAUAGGGGCCUGUAUCUGUUAAAUUGGGAGUAUCGUUACUAUGCAGAAGAUCAUUAUGACUUAAUUGCUAUAGUUGCUGGUUUAGUACAAACAGUUCUUUAUUGUGACUUUUUCUACCUCUAUAUUACCAAAGUACUCAAAGGCAAGAAGUUACAACUACCUGCUUAG